AUGAUGACGUGCCGUCUGCUGUGCGCCCUGUUGGUGCUCGCCCUGUGCUGCUGCCCGUCCGUGUGCGUGACAGCGAAUGGAAACGGUGCUCAAAAUACCACCACGACGACCACGACGUCAAAAGCGCCAACUACUACUACUACUACUACUACCACUUCGACAACCACCACGACAACCACUACGACAACCACUACGACGACGACUACGACGACAACAACGACAACAACAACAACGACAAAAGCGCCAACCACUACGACGACGACAAAAGCGCCAACCACUACUACUACCACGACGACGACGACAGAAUCACCCAAACCUUUGGACACGACAAAGGAACAAACAAAAACUGCGGCUGCUAGUACAGAGGCGCCAAGUAUGACGACUACUAAAGCACCAGUUAAUAAGGAUAAACUCGAACGGCCGAUCCCUCGCGGUACUAACGGCAGCUUCAGCGGCUCUGCGUGGGUGUGUUCCUUGCUGGUGCUUGCCGUGUCCGCGCUGGCGUACACCACUCUGGGCUGA